CUUUCUUUCACUAGCACCUCCUAACCGGAGUCCACGACUGCUGUCUACGCGCUACUCCUUAGCUAAGUCGCAUCCACCAGCAGCCUGCAGCGCCGCGAUCAUCGCCUUUCGAGACAUCUCAGAAACCGUCGCCGCGGUCGGCGUCGUACGUGUUUGUGGAUUCUUGGAGUUCGAGAAACUCUGCUGAGGGGGCUCUUGAGGAUUCUUGAGGAUUCUUGAGGAUUCUUGAGGAUUCUUGAGGAUUCUUGAGGGCUGUUUAGAAUCGGAAUCUCCAGAUGGCGGUUGUGGCCGCCGUGACAGCGCGGUCGCCAUCACCAGCAUCACCAUCGUCGGGAUGGCUGUGGCCGCUGAUCGGCACGGCGGCGUCCAUCGCCUUCGCCUCCGCCUUCUCGCUCACCCUCCGCGUGCUACGGGGCCUCGCUGCUUCGCGCACGGCUGCUCUGCAUCCCCCGCAGGCCAUUCUCGUGCUGGGGGGUGAUCGCCUGAGGGAACGAUUGGCUGGGAGAUUCGCCGCCCUGUUGGCUACCCCACACCACUCCUCCGCAUCUUCUCACCCCUCCAAGGAGGCGAGCCCCAGCAGCAGCAGCAGUGGCAACAGCGGUGCCGCUGGUGGCCUUGCCUUUGACUCUAUCUUCACCUCGUCUCCCAAACCGCUAGUCGAGGGUACCCUAGACCCUCUCCCGCCUGCUCAUGCCGCAGCAUCUGGGACGCUUCCGGUGUUCAUUUCGUCGGGUCAUGAUGAUGCUGCUGACGUCAUGAUGGGGGAAGGCGUGGCGGCUGCGCGGCUGAGAGUGGACAACCAUGCGCUGGACACGGUUACCAACUUCACGACGAUGUUACGCACAUUUCAGCGGCUUAAAAUCACGCAUGUGCUUGUGGUUACGUCAGAUUACCACAUGCCGCGUGCGGCCCUGCUGGCGGCGAUCGUGCUGCGGACGCACGGGAUUGCCUUCUCUACAGUAUCACUUCCGAGCAAGAGAGACCUUUACAAAAUCAAGAACGGAGCAAGGCGAACGAUUGUGAAGGGUGGAGAUGUCGGAAUAUCUGAGGCAUUGCUGGAAGCACUGGGGGAUGGAAGUGGUGCUGCUGGGGGACGUUUUGUGAAGGGGAGAGGGGAGGAGGAAGGGGAGUUUAAAGAGGAGAUAGGAGAGGUUGAAGCAGAGACAAAGAUAAGGCUAGAAAGGGACCGGUUACGAGGACUGCUGUGGCUGGUAACAGGCUGGCACGGUGCGGAGUUACUGAGGUUUACGCGCCCGCAGCGAUAUAGGUUGCACAAGCAGAAGCCUCUCUCCGUGUUCCCGGUUUCCAAGGGAACCGCUGUGAAUUCAGGGAAGUGAAAAACACAUGUAUGAUUUUUGAGUAAAAUUGCUUAAUUGUAGCAUUCUUAGUUGUAAAUUUUAGAGGCUC